CAAGCCCCGCCUGCCUUUGGGGCUGCCUACCCUCAGGGCUGCCCACCCGCACCAUCCCUUGCUAGAGAGAGAGAUCAGCCUUCCAAGGGCCUGGACUACAUCUCCCAGCGUGCCUGGCAGAGUGGUAGGUGUGUGCCGGCUACACCAGAGCAAACAACAAUGCAGCCUGCUGUGAGCAUGGCGUCCCGCCUGGGCCAUCGCCUUCAGGCAUUCACCUCGGCCCUAGGCCGUUCCAUCAGUUACUCACAGGACAGGCUCCACCAGACACCACUCUAUGACUUCCACCUGGCUCACGGCGGGAAGAUGGUCACGUUCGCAGGCUGGAGUCUGCCCGUGCAGCACCGGGACAGCCACAUAGACUCCCACCUGCAUACUCGCCGCCACUGCUCACUCUUUGAUGUGUCCCACAUGCUGCAGACCAAGAUAUUUGGUUGUGAUCGAGUGAAGCUGAUGGAAAGUCUAGUGGUUGGAGAUAUUGCAGAGCUAAAACCAAACCAGGGGACACUGUCACUAUUUACCAAUGAAGCUGGAGGCAUUUUGGAUGACUUGAUUGUGACCAACACCUCCGAGGGGUACCUGUACGUGGUUUCCAACGCUGGCUGCAGGGACAAGGACUUGGCUCUCAUGCAGGACAAAGUCAGUGAGUUCCAGAAGACAGGCUGUGACGUGGGCUUGGAGGUGGUAGAGAAUGCCCUGCUGGCCCUGCAAGGCCCCACUGCAGCCCAGGUGCUCCAGGCCGGCGUGGCAGAUGACCUGAGGAACCUGCCCUUCAUGACCAGUGCUGGGAUGGAGGUAUUCGGCGUGCCUGGUUGCCGUGUGACCCGCUGUGGCUACACAGGAGAGGAUGGUGUGGAGGUGUGUCAACAAAUAUCAGUGCCAGCAACAAGGGCAGUCCACUUAGCGACAGCUCUGCUGGAAAACCCAGAGGUGAAACUGGCAGGCUUGGCUGCUCGGGACAGCCUGCGUCUGGAGGCGGGUCUCUGCCUGUAUGGGAAUGACAUUAACGAGCACACCACCCCCGUGGAGGGCAGCCUCAGUUGGACAUUAGGAAAACGUCGCCGAGUGGCCAUGGACUUCCCUGGAGCCACAGUCAUCAUCCCCCAGCUGAAGGGCAAACCGCAGCGGAAGCGUGUGGGAUUGAUGUGUGAGGGGGCCCCUGUGCGGACACACAGCCCCAUCCUGAGUAUGGAGGGUGCUGUGAUUGGUACUGUGACCAGUGGAUGCCCUUCACCCUGCCUGAAGAAGAAUGUAGCAAUGGGGUAUGUGCCCCAUGAGUAUAGCAAGCCAGGUACCCAGCUGCUGGUAGAGGUGCGGCGGAAGCAGCAAGCGGCUGUGGUCAGCAAGAUGCCCUUUGUACCCACAAACUACUAUACCCUCAAGUGAAGGUGGCUGAGCGCGGCCCUCCCCUCCAGGAGCCUUGCUCUGGAGAGCUUCCUACACGGGCUUAGUUGGGUCCCGGAUACAGAACACACUAGGGUAGUUGACUAAAGUAGAGGCCGUCUCUGUUGAUUUGCUUGAAAGACCGACAUCAUCUCUGCCCCCUUACCCAGUGCUACUCUAACUUCAAUCUGACUUUCUGCCUCCAGGGUUAUCGCUGGGGCUCAGUGCUGGCACUAUCGAAUCCACUGCUCCUGGCGGCCAUUUUUCUCCAUUUUAUUGCAUAGGACAGAGAGACAUUGAGAAGGGAGAGGAAAUAGAAAGGGAGAAAGACACCUGCAGACCUGCUUCACCACUUGUGAAGUGACACUCCUGCAGGUGGGGAGCUGGGGGCUCGAACCGGGAUCUUUGCACUGGUCCUUGUGUAUUUCACCCAGUGUGCCACCACUUGGCCCCCUCCAACUUCAAGAGCCCAUUUCUGAGCAGUGGACCAGUUCACCCAUUCUUUCAAUCUGUGCUCUUGCCAAUGUCAUUUUUGCCUGCUGGAGAACUUGAGAAACAUUAGUCCCAAUGUUUUUUUUUU